UUUGCAGAUCAGAUAAUGCCAUCUUCCAUCGGCCACCUUGUCAUUAUGUACGUAACCCGAAGCGCAGCCGCCGGCGCAUCUACGAUUACUACAAUUACCCAUACCCAUACCAAUACAACACCACGUAUACAACUUCAACGAAGACUUACAACUACAGUGAUUGUGUCCAUGUAAUAUAUCCCCAGACAAAGCGGCAUAAUGUGCCGUCAAAACUUGCUACUCCUCUUAGGCGGCUUGCUGGGGUUAAGCCAGGCUCGCCAGCCAGGAUUCAGCAUCCACCACGAUCUUCUAGCAUAUCCUCAGUUCGAGGUAGUCUUUUCCGAAUCAUAUAUAUCAGAAAUCGAUGCGCAGGCCUUAGUUGAAAGGGCUAGCCCCUCUCCCGCCAGCUAUGACACCAACUUGCCAGGCCAGAACGAUAUCAUAUCUAAUAUACAACCUGCUAAGGAUGGGGCCGACGUUGAUAGCAGUAUCGGUGACGGCGAUCGAAAUCUCGCCGAAUUCUAUGAGAUCAUGACCGCUCCUCCCCAUCGCUACCUAUGCGCCAUACCGGUUAUUGAAUCUCCUCCCGCACCUAAUAAGACAGCCACUGAGCUAGCCAAGGCCGAGGAGGCCCGCGAACUCGCAAGAGCUUCGGCUCACGGUUGGGAUCUUAUCAACGGCCUUGACGGUAACUGUCUUUACUAUAUGUCUGGUUGGUGGAGCUACAGUUUUUGUUACGGUCGCGACGUCGUGCAAUUUCAUGCGCUUCCCGCCAGUGUCAAGAGCGGCCCCCCCAUGAGAGAUCCCAAUACUGCAGAAUACGUCCUUGGAAGAGUUCCUGCUCCGCACUCCACUACACGCUCUUCGCGCCGCGGACAACCUGCACCCGCGGGUGACAAGGGGCAGGCUGCUACUACGGUACCACCGAAUACAGAACUCCAGAUCAAGGGCGACCAGCGGUAUUUGGUUCAGAAAAUGGCGGACGGCACUAUAUGUGAUCUGACUGGUCGAGAACGGACGAUCGAAAUACAAUACCAUUGCAGUCCAGGCAGCACCCAAGACCGUAUUGGUUGGAUCAAAGAGGUAACAACAUGCGCAUACCUUAUGGUAGUUCAUACCCCUCGUCUAUGCGUAGACAUUGCUUUCCAGCCACCCAAGGAGGAGAAGGCGAAUAUUAUUAGCUGUCGCACCAUCGUGUCGCAAGCAGAGGAGGCAGAUUGGCAUACGCAAAAGACGCUAGAAGCGCAGUCGGCUAUGGUAGGCCAAGCCAAAGGAGAGGCGAAAGCUCCCAUCACGAUUGGUGGAAUCGUGGUUGGAGGGCGACAGAUGCUCGGACGAGGUGAGGACGGAAAAGCUGCACACCAGCUAGCUCCUCCGCGAAACUUCCGAAGUUCGAACAUCCCUUCUUUGGUCGAGGUGGUGGCCAAGGGGGCCAGCAAAGAGGAAGGUAGUAAGGUCGAAAUACUCACUGACGAGGAACUAGCCAAGCUAGAUCUCAAUCCCGAGAUGAUUGAGGAACUGAGGAAAGAGUUGCAAAAGCUAGCAGGAGAUAGGGGCUGGAAACUCGAGGUUGUCGAAGUUCCAGGAGACGGCCGGGAGAUUCACAGUGUGGUUGAUUCCGACGAAAUCAAGAAAUCCGAUGAUGAUGACGAAAACAAGGAAGCAGGAAGCGAAGAGAAAUUUUUCAAGGAGGAGUUGUAAAAUACAGGUUAUUGGCAUAGCAAAUGGCGUUACGUAGGUAGGAUUAAUUAUGUUCAUCUUCAGCAUCCCGAAACAAGACUGUCGACCACACGAGAUAAUGUCCUUGAUCCUUACCGGUCACGUUAUGGUAGUCGUAUUGAUGUCUCUUGGGUUGCACCACAUCUCAGAUUCGUUAUCUACCCCUAACGGGAACACAAAUACAUCAUUCACGGCAGACUAGCAAUACACACUGAUUUGUGACACGACUAAUACUUGAUACUCACCGAUCCUGUUACCCUCAAGACAAGUCUGCCGAGACCAAGUGGGACUCUGCCAGCACGGAGAGGUAAGUAGGCUAAUGGCAUCA